AUGGAAUUGCAGUAUGAAGAAGUAUUCAAUGCCGCUCAGGAGCUAACUCCUCAAAACCAGAUGGAGAAAAAUUUAUUGAAUAAAAAAAGAAAGAGGACGUCGUAUAGCUCAGCGCAGAUUGUGGAGCUCAAAAGAGUAUUUGACAUGGAUAAUUACUUGUCCAUUGCUGGUCGAGUACAAUUGGCGAAAGAGAUGGGCCUCACGGAAAAUAAAGUGACAAUAUGGUUCCAAAAUCACCGAUCACCCCAUAAUAUGUUGGAUCCAGUAGGAUCUGUGAGCAGCUAUGAAUCUCUUCAUGUCCAGCCUCCAUUGUUUGGUCAGCAACAACUGUACCCCCAGCAACCGUUUUUGUGUCCAUGUGAUUUAGCUGCGCAACAACUUGAAGCUGCAAAGCAGAUGCCGUACCUGACAAGCUCAAAAGCCACGGGACAACAAUCGUGGAUGCCACAAAAGCAAUUCUAUGGUUGUGGAACCCAGCAGCAACCGUUUUUGCGUCCAUGUAAUUUAGCUGCGCAACAACUUGAAGUUGCAAAGCAGAUGCCGUACCUGACAAGCUCAAAAGCCACGGUACCUUUAACUUCGACCGACAAAGUGUACCAUCAUUUUUCUGUUGCUGCUCAUUACUCCAGCAGUAUCGAAGGAAAUCAUGUAAACGGCCCCAACUAUAGUUGCCAAGUCAAUGUACUUGAACUAGAGCAGCAGCUUCUCCCGCAGCCAGGACAACAGCAGCACCAGCAGCCCCAAUCAACGCAUCAACAUCUACAACCAGAAAAACGAUCGCUGCUGGAUGCAUUUUUUGAUAGUUUUUCGUGCACGGUGUAUGACGACCCACUGGAGGAUUUUAUUGUUGAAUUACCUAGCGGUGAAAUUAUUAACCAGAAUGACUUUUAUAAGGAAAUGUGUAAUUUUUUUAAAGUUAUGAAUUCUCCAAGUGCUUGA